AUGGUUGUGAAGGAUAUCAUCCUGGUGGCUCCCACUAUUUCAAGUGGAAUUUCAAUUUGUGUCAGCUCCAUCACUUCAGAAGACACAAACCAACAAGACUAUGACAUGGAGCAAAAAGAGCUUUCUAAUUUGAGACACAGUGAUACCCAAAGUGCAUACUAUGCAAUUGUAACCAAUGUUCCAAUCUAUUACAUAACUCUCAUUAGUCAAUACAAACAUUCAAACAAGACAGAAGUUCCUAUUAAAAGGACGCGAAGAACUAAACGACAUGUAAUGCAAAUGGCAAGAAUGCUAAAGUGCACGUCAGGAUGUAAUCCUUUGAGUUACCGUGGAUAUGGAUGUUACUGUGGAUACAAGGGCUCUGGUCAGCCGGUUGAUGACAUUGAUCAGUGCUGUUUGCAACAUGACUAUUGUUAUUCUUUCAUUAAUUGUCCAUCAGUCCUAAUUUACUUUGUUCCUUAUACAUGGCAGUGCAUGAUUCCUGGAGCUGCACACUGCCGUGUGGCAUCAACAUCCGGGUUAUCUCAACAAUGUGCUACUCAGCUCUGUGAAUGUGAUAGAGAAUUUGCCAGAUGCAUCAGUAACUAUCCCUGUCCACAAGAAAAGCCUGGUUGUGAAGAAAGUAAUUUUAUACUGCUCCAAGCAAUGAACGAUGAUAGGUUAUAG